CCGUCGCCUGGGACCUGGGCAGAGGCGGCUCCCGGGGGAAAAUCCUUGGCGCUGCCGGACCGGACCGGAAGGCGGCUCUGGGUUGGUGCUGGGGCCAGGGCUGCGCCCCGCGCCUCCUCCCUCUGCAGAGUCUGGCCAGGCAGGAGCCGGGAUGGGCAACAGCAGGAGCCGCGCGGGGCCGAGGGGCCGCUGGCAGCUUCUUGGCGAGGAGCAGGCUGAGGUCGACCGGCUGUUCGAUGCUCUGGCGUCCGAGGCGAGCGGCCUGGGCGGCUCAGCCCGAGCCUUCUCUCUGCAGGUGCUGCAGAGCCACGUCGGGGAAGCGCUGCCCGCAGGGAUGGUGGCCAGGCUGUACGAGGGCAUGCGCAGGGUUGACCUGACCGGGAAGGCGCAGGCGCCCAGCCAGCGCGUCUCCCAGGAGCAGUUCACUGUGUCGCUGUCGCACCUGUUGAAGGGAGACUCCGAGGAGAAGAGCGCCAUGAUCCUGAAGAUGUUGUCUGAGGCAGGCGGUCCCGUGAGGGCCCGAGAGGUCCUCAAGUUCACAGAGGACCUGGUGGGCUCCGUGGCGCAUGUGCUGGCUCACAGGCAGGAGCUGAGAGGCUGGUCAGCGAAGGAGGCCUCGGGGGCCUCGCCCAGGGUCCGGGCGCUGGCUGCACGGCUGCUCUCUGAGCUGAAGCUUCCAGGUGGCGAGGCAUUUCUGAGCCCUCAGUGGCUGGACUGCGAGUGUGACCAAGCCGCGAUCCAGGACUGGGUGUCCAGGGUCCCCCACGUGGCCACGUUCCUGAGUGUGGUCGUGCACAAAGGCCUUCUCGUCCUCUGCUCCUCGCUCCCUCUGGCCACGCUGGUGCCCGAGCGCUUCGUGGAGCAGGGGCGCGAGGUCGAGAGCGUGCUGGAUGUCCUGUCGGUCAUCUACGUCAACUCCCACCUGCCCCGGGAGUGGCAGCGCCGCUGGCGGCUGCUCUUCUCGGCCGAGAUUCACGGGCACAGCUUCUCCCAGCUCUGCGGGCGCAUCACCCAGCGUGGGCCCUGUGUGGCUGUCCUCGAGGACCACGGCGGCCACGUGUUCGGGGGCUUUGCCUCCUGCUCCUGGGAGGUCAAGCCUCAGUUCCAAGGGGACAGCAGGUGCUUCCUGUUCUCUGUCUGCCCCAGCAUGGCCGUGUACACGCACACGGGCUACAACGACCACUACAUGUACCUCAACCACGGCCAGCAGACCAUCCCGAACGGACUGGGCAUGGGCGGGCAGCACCACUACUUUGGGCUUUGGGUGGACACCGAUUUUGGGAAGGGACACAGCAAAGCCAAGCCCACGUGCACCACGUACAGCAGCCCGCAGCUGUCGGCCCAGGAGGACUUCCAGUUUGAUAAGAUGGAGGUGUGGGCAGUCGGGGACCCCGAGGAGUUGCAGCUGGCCCAGAGCAAGAAGAGCAUCCUGGACGUGGACCCUGAGGCCCAGGCGCUGCUGGAGAUCACUGGGCGAGCCCGCCACAGCGAGGGGCUCCGCCAAGUCCCCGAGGAUGACCAGUGAGGGGGCCUGCAGGGAGCUGCGCGUGGACUCCUGGGACCGUGCACCUGGCCUGUGGACCCUCUCCUCCUCCCACGCUGCUUUAACUUGAACGUGGCCCCCAGGGUCCUGUCUGGGCCAUCCUGAACGUGCUCCAACAGCGCACACCUGGCGUCAAGAAAGACUUGCUGGAGCCACUGGGGUGUCCCCAAGAGGUCCCCAGUGUCCCUCUAGCAGCUGAACCUUUCGCUGUGCCUCCUGUCAGUGAAGGCCAGGAUGCUGCGGCUGGGAGAGGCCUGUCGGCAGGGCUGCACCUGCUGACGGUUCCUGCGCCCAUACCCGUUCUGGUGGGCAGCGUGCCUCGAUGGUUCUUCUCGACUGGACGGACUCUAGACAGCUUUGGAGACAGCUCCGGCAGCCUGAGAUCCCCGUAGGAUGUGUGUGUGUACAUACCCAGUGGGGACAGCGUGUGACAGGGCCAUGGUCUCCGUAACCCGGGCCCUCGGCAGGGCCGUGUCGCCGUGGUCCUGCAGUCAGCAGUGGUUACAGAACCUGUGCUGCGGGCAAAAGCGAAAGGAGGUCGAUCUGCGGCGCCGCGGAGUGCGGUUCUGUGUCUGCUGCUGAGGUGUCCCUGGAGCUGCGGGUGACGCACACAGAGCCGGGCCCCCAGCCCUGGCGCACCGUCGCACCGUCUCUCCACUUGCAGGGAGUCGUGAGUAAGUGGACCGUGCAGACUGUGUGUGAACAAGCGCCAUGGUUCCUGAGAGGCUAAGGGGGCGGGGGUGUGUGCUGGGCCUCCUCCCGCCUGCCCCGGCCCUGCAGGCUGUGCGAGUCACACGCGCACUGGGUCAGCUCUAAGCCGCCCGCACGCGUCUCCCUCGUCUUGGGCGAUGAGCUGGGCCUUUUCUCAUGGACUUACUGGGGCAGAGCCCGGGAAUCCGGGCCGGAGGCUCAGCAGAGCUCCCGCCUGUCGGUGCCCGACUCAGGCUGCGGCCUGCAGAAGGGAAGCGUGCGCUCGGUGCGUCGGGUCGAGGUGACGGCAGGGACCCGGUCAGCACGGACUGCGCUCCUGAAGCCGGGUUUUACAAGUGCCUGGGUACGUCGUGUCGUCUGCCUGACAGGAUUGCAGAGAGAGUGAGGAUUCUACACCCAGAGGGUCAGAGCCCCUGCGUCAGUCUGAUUUGGGGUUACAUAUAUACGUGUGUGUAUAUUUAUGAUUAAAUACCUCACUACAGGCGGCGGCAGCGUGUGAACCUGACCACCACUGGUGGCUGCCUCUGUUGACGGCUGUGGCAGCAGCGUGCCUUCCCCUCCUCGUUCUAACAGGAGUGCGGGCUGCAGAGGGCCCCCCACUGCCUCCCGGGAAGGAGGCUGCCCCGCGGGGCGCUUCUCUCGCGGGAGCACACACACCUGGCUGGGGCCAUCGGACCUGGCAAAUGGUGCCCGGCCUGGGCCUGGGGGACUGGCAGUGCUCCUCUGAAGACGGGGACUCUGGGUCUCCGUGAACCCAGAAGAAGGCAGGGCAAGGAUACGAGGUCUCCUUGCCAGACCGAUGGGGCCCCCAGAAAGUGCUAGAAGGAAGAGGUUAAAAAAAUGGCCCAUGUUGCCAACAGGGCUGCGGUUUCCUCCCCAGCAGUUUAGAAGUUAAAAAGGAACACAAGCGCCUGGCGAGGGAGAUCAGCCCCCGCAGGGCGAGGCCGGGUCAGGUCUGACUGCACAGCCACGGCUGGGCAGGCAACAGCGUAUUUGCAGCUGGCUGUGACGGCGUCAACUGGCUAACUCCAAAACAGCCCCGUCAGUUUUUACCUGAGAGGCAGAGAGACGAAGUCCCAUUUGCUGCUCCUCUCCCCAGCGGCCUGCAGCGGCCAGGGCUGGGCUGGGCUGAAGCUGGGAGCCGGGAGCGUGGUCCGGGUGGCACGUGCUGGCGCUUGCUUUGGGGUGGUGCGUGUGGAUUCGCCGUGCAGAGAAGUGCCUGCUCGUGUCUAUGCUAGGGGGAGUCUGUGCCGGGCUAGACACAGACAUUCCUGCAGAACGUGCUGGGUGUUCUUAGCACCUGCGUUUUUUCUUCCGGAGUCAUAAUGAGGAACAGGAAGUGAGCAGGUUUCUAAGCGCUGGGCUCUGGGCUCUGACCGCCAUCCUGGCGCAGUGGGAAUUCGGUCACCUCCGCCCGCGGGGCACUGUUGGAGCCAGGGACGGUCUGCAGCCUCUGCUUUUGUCCGAGUUUGUACAUCGUGCUUCAGUUUCAUUUUUCUGGCCUCAAAAAUGAACACUGGGCCUUCCCUUGUUGCAUGUCCCAGGAGAGAUGAGCGGAAGGCCUGGAAUUCACUAGAACGCACUGGGACUUUGGGGUGUGGCGGGCAGGGCCGAAGCGUCUGCCUUGUCUGUUGAGUCUGUUUCUUGGGACCAUGUCCAGCUUUGUCCUCCGUGCCCCUGGGUGGGAUCGGUGCGGCUGCUUCACGUCUUCUACCUGAGGGUCCGUCCCCCGGAUCGGGUUGCCCGGCAUGGUCUUAGGUGUGUUCUUCUAACGCCGGAGUUGGUUGUUAAAUAGAAGAGGGUGGAGGCAAACGGUUAGCGACAGCUCCUCCUCUCUGAGCGCCGCUGUGCCUUGCCGGCAGCGCAGCGAUUGUCCAGCUCCUGGCAACUCGGGGCUCUACUCGGGGUGCUUGGUAGCGGCAGGAGCCUGCUCCCCCCGGGGCUGCUGUUCGUGCCUGCCCUGCCUGAGCUGUGCCUCCCAGGGAGCCUGCCAUGGAUUCACCUGCUGUUCGUGCUUGUGUUUCGGAUGCUGCGCUGGGACGUGGCCGGGCGGUGACUGCUCCCUGUUCCAUUCCCUUCUCCGUCUUCCUGAAGCCCGCCUGGCUUGGGCUCCAUCUCGUCAGCGUGGGCAGCCUCGCUGGUGUGUUGCUGGCACUGCCCACUGAUCUGUCUGCUUUUGCUCUGUGAGCCCCACAGAACCCCUGGAGUGCACGGUGCCGAGGCCGGGGAGGGCGUCGACCCAGCACCGGGACUGAGUGCGGGAGCCCCCUGCCGCAGCCUGGAGUCCAGGAGGAAGUGCGGGGACGUGGUGGUCUGGGUACUGCCCCCCACGGGCAGCAUCAGAAUGGUGCCAUCACUUCCCAGAUGCGGCCCGGGUCACCCCUCCGUUGGCACACCCUCCUGCUGACCCCGGCUCCCGCAGAGUGGCGGUGGGCAGCACAGCGUGCCACCUCUCAGGGCCGCCUCUUGUCACUCCGUGUCACCCGCUCUGUUGUAUGGGGCUGACCGGCAGCCACUGCAUCCAUUGAUUUAUUUGAAAGGCAGAGUUAGAGGGAUCUUUAAUCCUCUCGUUAGGCCACAUGAGACGCCGGCACUGCGGGCCGUGGCGUCACCCUCUGCGCCACAGGGCCAGCCCUCACGUGGCUGUCUAAUCCAUUCGUCCACCUGAGGACGCCGGGCUGUUGCUAGGAGUUAGCUCUCACCCGUGGAAGGCGUUAUGAGAGAUUCAUGGGAAAUGUACAUCAUUAAAAAAAGCACAUGUGGAUUUCCAAAUUUUUUGCACCAAAAUAAACUUUUUAUUUUAAAAUUAUUUAUCCACGUGAGAGGCAGAGAGAGAGAGCGAGCGAGCGAGCGAGCUCCCAGGUAUUGUUCUACACCCCAGAAGCCCAGGGCUGGGGACUCGGUCCACGGACGGGAGUCCAGUACCUGAGUAGCCGCUGCUGCCUCCCGCAUCUGUGUUGGUGGGAAGCCGGGGGCGGGGGCCUGAGCUGGCACCUGACCCAGGGGAUGCGGGCAUCGGAGCUGCUCAUCUCAGUGUCUCCUCUGAAUCCCAUGUGCCCAGGGCGUGCCGGCUUGGCAUUCCGCCAGUGGCCCUGCCGACGCGGGGAGAGGCGGCUCACUGCGGCCGCGGGUGGCGCCUUUCCCUCCUGGCUGAUGGCCAGACUUUGGCCUGCGCCUGCCGUCGUCUGCACGUCCUCCUGGGUGGAGUCAGUCCAAGGCUGCAGCUCAUUUCUGAACCAUCUCUCGAAGUCAGAAAUUCGGGGCUCAAUCUCGUGAUUUUGAGGCAGUUCGGGUCAGCAGUUCCUCGGGUGGGCGGUGCUUCCCAAGUCCCGCGGACUCUCCGGGUUUGCUUCUGUUGUGCGCGACGGCCUGUGCUGGGUUAAUUUUUGCAGACGUGAGGUUUGGCUCGGGGCAUUCUGGUUCCUGUGGGUGUCCUCUCGCUCCCGCUCUGUUGGCUGAGCAUCCGUCUUUGCCUGAGUCGCUUCUGGGAGUUUGUCGGGCGUCUGCUGGACCCUGUCCUCUCCCACGGCUCCUCGUGGCGCCUGCGCCCCCGUCACCCUGCUUGUAAGAACGCUGCGGCGCUGGGUUCCAUUCCUCCGGCCACGGCUGUUUGAGCUGUCUCUGUUUCUCCGUGCCUCCAGGCGCGUUUCAGAACAAGCUUAUCCGAGGCCGCACACAGCCGUGCGGGGACAUCGAUGCUGGCUGUGUUCCGCCCCGUGGGCCGGCUCGGGGAGGUCGCGUCCUCCAGUUCGUGACCCCAGCUGCCCCUCUGUUUGUCUUCCAGGUUUCAAACCGGCAGCGGGUGAUUUUCAGCCCACGAACCCUGCAUGGGUUCUACCUCCGUCUUUGAAUAUUUUUUGGUUCUUGGAAGAUGGCUUCAGUUUUUACCUGACCGUGGGGGUUCCUCGCGGGGUGUGGAAGUGCUGCCGUGGCGUGUCACCCGUGUGCUUGGUGGCCGGCUACCCUCACCUGCUCUGUUCCUGCUGGAGGUGCUGUGGGGCUCGCUGUGGAGGCGGGCGCGUCCGCUGCCGACUGGCUCUGCUGAGGGCGCCCCAGCAGACGCGGAACGGGGUCUUGGGGGUGGGGGCCUCCCAGCAGGGAGGGCAGGAGUCUCUCAGGCAGAGGCCUCGGCUGUGCCUUCCCUGCAGCCCAUGGUUUCCCUUCUCCAGACGGUGAGCGGCGCCCGGUCCCAGCCCCGGCCCGGCUUCCCCACGUGACCAGGGCCAGAUCCGACGCUCAGGGUUUCAUACUGACGGUCACAAGGGGGCCCGGGCCGGGGCUGUUUUUGUCGAGCUUGGUCUGAACACGCCCCCUCCCCUUGGUUCUUGGCUCAGACGUUUGCAGGAAGGCUGGGUGGGGCUGCCUGCCGUGGGCGACCCCCUUUCCGGCCUCGGGGUCCCGGUGGGUGUGGUUUUCGGAGAACCAGCUGUACAAGGCAGGUGGGUGUUGUGAUCGAGGCUGCCCUGGGGGCGGGGGAAGGGGACAGUGUCCCCUGUCAUCCUGAGCACGUCCUUCCUCUCUCCUGGCUUUUCCUGGAUUGAGCCUUCCCCAGGUGACAAUGUUCCGGCUGCUCUCUCGCUCCUGAUAGGUGUCCAUCUGCCUCUGUUUCUGGGUUGAUCGAUUGCUUCUGGCUUUUCCUCUGGGUGACUGGUGGAAUGGUUCAGACAUGCCCCGCGGGGUCUUCCUGGCAAGGCAGCCCUGUUUCGCCAUGGGACGUGGUGGCCACUUCCUGGCUGGGCAUGAGUGGGCAGUGUGCGCGAGAGGGGGGUGGACGCAGUUCUUAGACCUCCCAGCGACUUAACAAGCAGCACAGCGUGGGAGGACGGCUCCACCCCCGGUCCCGGAGCGGGCAGGGGACGUGAUGAGUUAGGGGCCCGGCCGCGGGCUGCCGUCCUUGGCGUCCUUGGGGCCCUUCCUGGCCGCCGAGAAGUACCUUUCACACAGUUUGAGGAGCUCCGACACGAAGAACACGGAUGAGGCCAAGCCUGUUAACAGCAGCAGAUCUGCCGAAAGGGGAGCAGAGAAGCGGGUCAGCGCACCACGGCCCCCCGGGCCAGCCUGCAGCGCCCUGGAGCCCACACGCACCGUGACGUUCGUUUCCCUCCACCUUGUCCCGAGGAAGCCACAGGCGGCGGGGCACGGGGCUCCCGGGAGCAGAGGGCGGUCCAGCCGGGAGCCCACGGCUUCAGAAGCAAACUCGGGUGGCUCAGGGCCCGUGCUGGCCACAGAGGGGAGCUGUGUCCCUGCGGGUCGUCCCAGGGCCCAGCCCUGGGCACCCCCACCCUCCAUGGCUUCAGGCUCCCAGCCCUGCCUGACCAGUGCCUGGGGUUAAUUCCUGGGCUCCGCCCUGUCUCUCCCGUGGUGGCAGUGGGGGCGUCACUUCUCCCUGGGCGGGUCCAUCAAGCCCAGGUGCUUGAGACUUGGGAAGCUGCCGCCCGCCCGCCCGACGGGGACACCGCUGGACACAGGGCUGGUGGGAGCUAUUCACCAGUGUCCACCUCGGCGCACGGAGAGCUGACCAUGCCUGCUGUGGCCAGGAGGGCAAGCGCACUGUCUGCAGCCUCCGAGCUCCCGGACCAGGAGCGGGGAUGGAGCCUGGGGCUCGCCCUGAGCUCCCCGCGGGCCAGAGACUCUGCCCCCCUCUGCUCACCGAGCGCCCCCAGGUUCUCGGUCUGGAAGACCCGCUGCAGCGGGGGGACGUAGACGACGGCCAGCUGCCCCAGGAUGGAGCCGAGCACCGAGUAGAGGAACAUGCGGUUCCUAAGGAAGCCGAGCUCCAGGAUCAGCUUGGUCUGCGGGGAGGAGAAGCGGUGGGUGGGCUGCUGCCAGUCUGCCUCUGACCCGGUGCGCGGGUGG